UUCAGUAGUUGGUCUACCAACUGCUGUGGCCAUCUUUGGUGUUUACUGCCAAGAAGGGAAAAGAUAAUUUCAAGUUCAUUGAAAGGUUCUCCAUUCCAGGCGCCACUGUAAAGGUAUCAAUUAACAACCACUGAAUACCUGUUCUGUUAGUUGGAGAUCUGGACCAGGAGAAGCCUUUUUUUCCUACAUGGAAACCCUUGAGGAGAAAGCCAUGGGAGGGAUACAUCGAACCUUGCUGUGCCAAGGCCCCGUGGAACUCAGAAGAGGCUGGAGAAGGAAGAAACAACAUCUCUCCUUGUUCAGUGAUGUUUUGAUUGUAUCUAAUAACCUGCAUAAGAGAAACUUUAAGAUGAAAUAUGUUAUCCCACUGAGUUAUCUGUGGAUGGGUGACUAUGUGGACAUAGUUGGGACAGACAACAGCUCUGCUUGCAAGUCGAUUCUCCUGUCCUGGCCCAUGGGAAAUUUUGUGGCUACUUUUCGUUCCAUGGAACAGAAAGAUUGGUGGUAUUUUUAUCUUCAAAGAUCCAUUAAUGAAGCCACAAAGGGCUACAGGAAGCAUGUUAAACUCCCGAUAUUCACCGAGGACAUCCCAAGCUGUGCCAGUCCUUUAUAUGUAACAAUAACAGACUUGGAAACCGUGAAUGAUGUUAUGAAGAAGUUACUACCUAUGAUAGGAAUGCCUAGUGCUCAAGAUUACCAACUGUGGUUCUGUCGUGGCCUCCAAGAAGCCCCAAGCCUACUCCAAGAGCAUGAGCAUCCCUAUGACAUCAUCAUGAGAAACAUUCAAAGUAACGUCAGUCAACGACGACGACAGAAAUCAAGGAAGUGCACAGCUUUUCCUGCCCUGCCUGGGCUGUAUGUGGAACAACCAGAUCUACAGGGGCGAUUCAUCCUAAAGCCCACAGACCCAGCAGGAAGCCAGAAGCAGAGCAAUACAGAGGAGCCAACAGUUAAGAGAAGAUGGCCUUUCAGAUCCUGGUUGUUCCACAAGGGCUCUGUGCCUCACCAGGACCAAGUGUGCACAACCCCACCAGUUGUGAAGACAGGAAAACUCUUCGGAAAAGAUCUGACUGCCAUUUGUGAGGAUGGCAAUCUACCCACAGCAAUUCUGGACAUACUAUCCUUUAUUGGUGUAAGGGGGCCAAUCACUGAAGGUAUCUUCAGCAUACCUGGCAAAAUAAGACCAUUCCUAUCCCUAAAAGAAAGGCUGGAUUCUGGGACAGAAGUGAACUUGAACAACGAAAGUGUCCCUGUUGUGGCAUCUAUCUUAAAGGAGUUUCUAAAAAAUAUACCAGGAAGUGUGCUGACAUCUAGACUAUAUGAGGAAUGGCUUGGUGUCCUCGACCAAGUGUAUGAAGAGAAGAAAGUAGCUGCAGUGAAGAGUCUUUUAGAGCAACUACCCCAACCAAACAUCAUUCUUUUGAAACCACUUUUUGGAAUAUUAUAUAAAAUUGAGAGAAACUCUCAAUUAAACCACAUGACAUCUUCUAAUUUAGCCAUUUGCAUAGCCCUGUGUAUUCUAUGCCUGCCUAGUUCUGGCAACUCAAGAUUGACAGAUAUCACCAAAAAGAUUUCUCUUGUCAGAUUUCUUAUUGAGAAUUAUCCAAAAAUAUUUGGAGAAGAGCUCAUUUAUGAGAGCUCAUUAUAGAGCUCAUUGCUUUACUCUGAUGGGGAGAAGGCUUACAAUUCCCUGAACACUCCAACCGACAGUGUUGAGACAGAGGAAGAAGAACAAGAAGACAACCCCUGUCCCAGUGGGAGGACAAGCCCCACAGUUAGUGAUGCAGAGCCCAGAAGUCCAGCUGCUCCUCUCCACAGUGAGGGAAGUAUAGAGCCUUCAUCCAGUAACUGAUGGAAGCAGAUGCAGAGAUCAAUGGCCAGGCACCAGCC